AUGGGUGGAGAACAUCACGAGCCGUAUAAAAUUCCUCAUUGGACUACUCAUUCAAACUGGCGUUCUUCGCCUGAUUUGCUCGAUUAUCAUAAUCGACUUGCCCGUCUUGGACUUAAAGACCCGUGGAUUAGAAAUUUCUGGCCGACUUUUGAUCCGUCAAAGACCGGUAUUAGAAGGAGAGGAAGACGUUGGUUGCUUUUUGGGGCUUGGAAGGUAAUUAAUUUUAUAUUUUUUCUGUUUUUUAUUUAA